GUAUAUAAGAGCUGACAUCGCACUUAUUGCGUGUUUUAUUCAACACGGGGUUUGCAGCUAAGGUUGUUUCGACCAGGCUCUGUGGUAGUCAGGACAGAGACAACGGCGAGUGGUGACAUACGAACCAGGGAUCUGUUCAAACUUCGGGGCAAUGUCUGAAGCUAGGGGGACGUACCACGUCGCACCGUCUGGCUUACAGACGAACAAACAAUUAGAGUACAGUUCUCAGCAUAUGAAUGACCAAAAUACAUGUCUUUCACGGUCAAAGAAAGGUAGAAAAGGAAAGUUGAAACAUGCCAACCAGUCUUUACAAUCUGACCAAAAGCCAGACAGCUGUAAGAAGCGUCUCUGUAAUCGUCCUCAAAUCGAUAUACGGCGCAUUGUACAAAUCGGGCACAAUAGAAACACAAUUUCCUUUAUUCAAAGGAAAGACUCCAAUACUAGCGUUAGCAAUACAACUAUUGUACAACUCGGGGACAACAACAUUGUAUAUAUAUACUUAGAUGACAAACUCCCCACGAACAUACUGCUAGGAGACACGGUCGUCGUGUACGUCCCCCCUGGGUGUGACGGCAGGCCCCGGGUGUUUGUCUGCGAACAGAGAGGACCUGACAACCAGAUUGUCACCCACUGUCGCCACAAGUCGCCACGGAUCUAUGAACGACAGACAUUUGACAACUUCCGGUCACGACACUGUCACGUGAUCAGAUCUGUCCUGCUGCCAACUGCUUCCGGCUCCAGUAAGAAAGCUGCGGGCCGUCAUAAACCGUUGACUCCCGGGGACUGCGAUGUCGUGACCAUCAAGCAUGGUGGCUCUCAUCGGACUCGCACAAGAAGAAGAGUGAAACCUCACAGCAGGAAGUACCCGCUUCUUCAUCCCAUCGGGGUCAAGGACACCAGAAAACUGUGAACCCUGUCUGCCUGAGAAGAUACAUCUCUUGAACGUUUUGGUUUCUCCUUGUAUAACAUAUACACACGUAUACUUAUUAUAUACCAUGUGCUCCUGUAAGCCAUAUUGGUUAUAUCAAUGACAGCAGUACAUUCACUAUACACAAGUAUAUACCAUGUGCUCCUGUAAGUCAUAUUGGUUCUAUCAAUGACAGCUGUAAGUUUAUUAUACAUAACUUGCAAUGUUAGCAUAUAUAUUGUACUAUCAGCUUGUAUAGCAUAUACACACGUAUUUUUAUUAUAUACCAUGUGCUCCUGUAAGCCAUAUUGGUUGUAUCAAUGACAGCUGUUAGUUUAGUAUACAUAACUUGCAAUGUUAGCAUAUAUAUUGUACUAUCAGCUUGUAUAGCAUAUACACACGUAUUUUUAUUAUAUACCAUGUGCUCCUGUAAGCCAUAUUGGUUGUAUCAAUGUCAGCCGUACAUUCACUGUACAUAACUUGCAAUGUUAGCAUCUAU